AACGCCACAUCGACGCCAUAGCUGACAUAUAGCUGGAUCCGUAGCGGUUGCACCUUCCUCUUUUGCUGCAUCCCAAUUUGCGAGAAUCUUCGUGUUCGAAGAAAUUGAAAGAGACAAAUCUUCUUGCUUAGAAAAUCAGAAGAUACAACACAAUCAUGCAGCUGCAAAUUCGAGGACAGGAAACUCACAUGGUCACGUGUGACGAAAGUGACAAAAUACAAUCCAUAAAGGAGAAAAUUGCGAAUCUUCACGAAGUUGAUGGAGAAUUUCAUUUUUACUGCAACGGUGCUUUUGUGAGCGACGACACUUGCGUUAGCGACCUUCCGUCGGACGUACUCGAGUUGACUGUACCUUUACUGGGAGGCAAGGUUCACGGUUCUUUGGCACGUGCUGGUAAAGUCAAGGCUCAGACACCUAAGGUUGAAAAACAAGAGAAGAGCAAAAAGAAGACGGGUCGAGCGAAACGGCGGAUCCAGUACAAUCGUCGAUUCGUCAAUGUUGUACAGACCUUCGGCCGCAGGCGCGGACCCAACGCCAAUACUAAUUCAUAAGAUAUUUCCAUUAUUUAAAAUAUUAUUUGUUACACACAAUGUUCGUUAUACACGCAAAAUAUGCAUAUAAAAUAAAUAAAACAUCGUAAGCGAUAUUUUAUAAAUUUAA